CUCUUAUACUCCCUGUCCAUUCCCCACAUCCCACUCUACUCUGCGCCAACACCUUGCGCAAGCUAGGGUCAUCUUCCGCGCUCGCCUCGGCAUUUCAUCCCACUCUUCAUCCCUCCCGUCUUUCCCUCUCCUCAUUCGCGUACGAUAGGAAGAAUGGCGUCAGUCGAGAGCUAUGUUGACCACACUGUCCAAGUCAUCCUCCAAGAUGGCCGAAUCAUCGUUGGCAAGCUCAAAGGUUCCGAUGUCUAUACCAACUUGAUCCUCGCGGACAGCGUUGAGCGGGAGUACUCUGUCGACCAAGGCGUCGAGAUGGUUCCACUUGGGUUAUACGUGAUCAAGGGCGAUAAUGUGGCAUUGGUUGCUGAGGUUGACGAGGAAAAAGACAGCACAAUAAACUAUACCGAAAUCCGAGCUGAGCCUCUUGGUGAAAUACGGUAUUAGUUGCUGUCAGAGUGAAGAUGGGCGGCUACAGCGGACGCAUGAGCUAUGGAGUGACUGGGAUAAGAGUGACAUGGUGCUCGAUGAGGAGAAUGUUUGCUGUAGCGGAGUUGGGAGAAAAGGAUACUUGGCAAGACGAAGUGCUCAAUUGUCAAGUCGUAUAGGUGGAUCACGAGUCAUAACGCGUUAUGAGGCAAGUCAGGUGUAGAGAAGAGGCCAUGCAGAUCAUGGGGAACUGCUGAUUUGGGCUUGUCUUUGAUGUGACGAGUAUCCCUGCGUGCCAGUUUCGCGACAAGCAACGUUGCAAAAGACCAUUGUCAGACGGUCAUUAUCGGCAGCAUCUACCGCCUAUACCCCUUCUCUCCUCUCUUUCAGCGCUUGCCCAGCCUCAUCAACACAAAUAUCAUCAUUUUUUUACUCCUUCCCUCCCGAAUGAUCUGCGUACUUCAUGGAAGUCUGCUGUCCUUUUAUCACCAUGGCACCGUCGACCAUGUCUUCGGUUUCGCGUCUUUGCCAAGGUACUUUCUGGUCGUUACCGUUUGACUGUUGAACAAGUGCUGCAUCGUACACCGUUCAUAGACUCUACUACUUGCCCUGAUACCUGUCGUACCUCCAACCAAUCUCUGACACCGUUCAAAGAGGAGCCGGUCGGCAGCAGGUGGUGUGCAGUAUGCUUUUGACGGACUUGUUGUACGCCAACUUGGUGUGCACAGUCGUUGCUAGUCAAGACUCGAGCGCUCAACAGUACAUCUAUCGACUCGCCAUAUGAUGAUCCCUCAAGUACCGUGCGCGUUGUGGAUGGAUAGGGCAUACCGUCAUACGGUCAGACAGACUAUUGCCGUGUUCCUACAACAUACGCUCUUGGGAGGCAUAUUUUUGGAAGGCAUCUUGUCGUUGAAUGCCUUCCAUCUCAUGUGCAGAACAUCAAAGACCUCUCCUUGUAGGAUAUACUACUUCUACGUUAAUAAAUUCUUCUGUUGGGCUUGGUCAUGCAAUGUCGACAUGCAAGAUCAUCG